CAGCUGCUACUGCAACAUACCUGCCUAAAAUAUAUGUUCCUAAACGUUUUAAAAAAACAGUUGGAAGCUGAGGAGCCCGGGAUGAAACAGGUCCAUAGAAUCUAGUCAAAGACAUUUGCUUUAAUCCUACUAGUAAGGCAGCUUUCACUAAACAAGUGCUUAAUAAUGUAUUUUGCACCUGCACAGAAAAGCACUUCAAAAGAACUUGCUGUUUGAAGGUCAACCUCUUCUUUCUUUUAGUCAAUAUCCCACUAUCAUAACGUAUUGUGUUCCUGCAUUUGCACAACAGAAGACUGGUGCUUUUACCUGAGAAAGCAUGUUCAACUUCAGAUGCAUCAAGAAGUCACUACAGUACCUGAAAUUUUUAUUUUUUUUACUUAUUGAGAACACCUUCUGUUUAUUUUCUCGACCUAAAAAAUAUUAUGCUGGAGAAAUAGUACUUAUUACUGGCUCUGCAAAUGGGAUUGGAAGGCAGGUUGCCUUAAAAUUGGCUCCUUUGGGAGUAACCUUGGUUCUUUGGGACAUUGAUGAUGAAGGCAACAAAGAAACAAGCAGAUUAGCCCAGCAAAAUGGAGCCAACCGGGUGUUUGUUUACCACUGUGACUGCAGCAAUAGGGAGGAUGUCUAUGAACAGGCAGACAAGAUUAAAAAAGAAGUUGGGGAUGUUACUAUUCUGAUCAAUAAUGCUGGCAUACUGACUGGGAAAAAGUUCUGUGAUCUUACAGAUGAAGAUUUUGAAAAGACAUUCAGAAUCAACUUCUUUUCUCAAGUCUGGACUCUCAAGGCCUUUCUUCCAGCCAUGGUGGCCUGUAACCGUGGGCACCUGGUUAGCACAGCCAGUGGAGCCGGAUUAAUGGGACUCUACAGAUCAUCAGAUUAUUCUGCAAGUAAGAGUGCAAUCAUUGGAAUGAUGGAAUCCAUAAAUUCAGAACUGUAUCAUGGAGGAAAAGGUGGCAUUAAAACCACAAUCAUUUGCCCUUAUUUUAUUAGUACUAGGUUGAGCAAAGGCUUCAAAAGCAAGAGACCCUGUUUGUUUCCCGUUUAUGAUCCAGAGUAUGCAGCCAGCAGGAUCGUGGAUGCAAUUAAAAAGGAAAAAUUUUAUCUGAUCAUGCCUCCAGCUGUAUACUUACUUGGACUCAAGAUUUUCCUUCCUAGAAAAGCAGCGUUAUUCCUCGACUCAUACGUUAAGUUCCCGGAGAGCAUGGAAGAAGCCUUUGGUCAGAAGAAAAAAGAUUGAAACAAAAACUAUUGAAAAGACUUUAAGUGCCAUCUAAUUGCAAAGAUUUGCAGUAAAAAAUCAUGUUAAAUAAUAUUUAUUCCUUGACAAAAAAUUUACUUCUUUCAUGCUACUUUACAUUGAUCAGCAUGCCAUUUAAUUCUUCACAACUGUCUUCUAAGUCUUUCUGUUUGGCAAUUUACUCAUAAAUUUUUGAAAAAUCACUAAAAUUCAAAAUUAAUUUUGUAUUAUGUUGAGUGACCAAACAACAACUUUGCAUGGAUUGUACUGUUUUCAGACUGACACUUCAAUGAGGUAUCCUGUUCAUGUGGAACACAAUUCUGUUGUAAAUCAUGGAAUAAUAAAAACAGGAUGAAUACCUCAUGUAUUCUUGGAAAAUUACAGGUGAAAUAUCUCCUUGUAUUUGGAGAGAAGCCACACCCAUGCUCUUCAACUGUCUUCAGAUGAAAUUACAACCUAAAGGUCCUAAAGAACAAAAAAAAAAUCCCCAAUAGCAGAAGUUUGGAGAUUAGUUACAAAAAAUAUGUGCUGGUACUUAAUUGAUAAAAAUCAAUCCUCAUGUAAAUUUUCAGAAAAUGCUAACCUGAAAUGUUCAUAAUUGGCUUAAUUGAAAAACAAAUAAAUAAACUGCAUAGCAGAAUAGUGAAUCUACAACGCCUAGUCUAUAAAACCCUAAGGAAUUACAGAGAACAUUUAACAGUCAUCUAUUGACCAUGUUUGUCAUCACAAUUCAAUUGGAAUUAACUAAACUCAUACUCACAAGCUCCCAGAUACAAACUUUUAUGAAUACACACUAUUGAAAUCCCUGCAUGCAUUCAAUAAACUCUUUCAUGUUCCUGUAGAUACUACAGGGAAGCUUUUCUCUGAGAGAAG